AUGCCCUGCCCCGGCUCUGGCCCUUCUGGCUUCUUGGCCUUUUUGGCCCCUGGACUGGCGCUGUUGGCUCACCUCUCUCUGCCCUCUCAGGCCGGGGUGAAGCGCCUUCCCGCCAGGACAAGCCCGCAGGGCACCCCGGGCAGGACGCUCAUCCUCCUGGACGUGAGUACCAGGAGCUCCCUCCGUGUCACCAGCGAGAACUUCCUCUCGCUGCAACUGGAUCCUUCAAUCCUCCACGACGGCUGGCUGGACUUCCUCAGCUCCCGGCGCUUGGUGACCUUGGCGCGUGGCCUGGCGCCCGCCUUUCUCCGCUUCGCGGGCAAAAGGACCGACUUUUUGCAGUUCCAGAACGUGAAGAACCCAGCCAAGAGCCGUGGUGGACCGGGACCGGAUUACUACCUCAAGAACUACGAGGACGACAUUAUUCGCAGUGAUAUUGCAUUGGAUAAACAAAAAGGCUGUAAGAUUGCCCAGCAUCCUGACAUCAUGUUGGAAUUACAAAGAGAAAAGGCAGCUCAGAUGCACCUGGUUCUUCUCAAGGAGCAAUUCUCUAACACCUACACAAAUCUCACACUUACAGCCAGGUCUCUAGACAAACUUUAUAAUUUUGCUGACUGCUCUGGCCUGCAUCUCAUCUUUGCAUUAAAUGCUUUGCGCCGGAAUCCCAACAAUUCCUGGAACAGCUCCAAUGCCCUCAGCCUGCUCAAGUACAGUGCCAGCAAGAAGUACAAUAUCUCCUGGGAACUGGGCAAUGAACCAAAUAAUUACCGAACCCUAACAGGACGAGCAGUGAAUGGCACUCAAUUGGGCAAGGACUAUAUGCAGCUAAAGAGACUGCUACAGUUAAUCCGCACCUACUCCCGAGCCAAUCUGUAUGGGCCCAAUAUUGGGAGACCUAGAAAAAAUGUUGUCACCCUCUUGGAUGGGUUCAUGAAGGUGGCAGGGAACAUAGUGGAUGCAGUUACCUGGCAACAUUACUACCUUGAUGGCCGAGUGGCCAAGGUGACGGACUUCCUGAAAACACGCCUGUUAGACACACUCUCUGACCAGAUCAGGAAAAUCCAGAAAGUGGUCAAUGCACACAUGCCUGGAAAAAGGAUUUGGUUAGAGGGUAUCGGGGCUGCUUCUGAAGGAGGCAUCACUAAUCUUUCAGAUUCCUAUGCUGCCAGCUUCCUGUGGCUAAACUCUCUUGGAAUGCUAGCGAGCCAGGGCAUCGAUGUGGUAAUGAGACACUCAUUUUUUGACCAUGGGCACAACCACCUUGUAGACCAGAACUUCAACCCAUUGCCGGACUACUGGCUCUCACUGCUAUAUAAGCGACUUGUUGGACCCAGAGUACUUGCUGUUCAUGUUGCUGGACUGCAGAGAAAACCUCGCCCUGGCAGGGUGAUUCGUGAUAAGUUACGGAUCUAUGCUCACUGCACCAGUUACUACAACCAUAAUUAUGUCCGUGGUUCUAUCACAAUUUACAUUAUCAACUUGCAUCGGUCACGAAAGAAAAUCAAGUUGGUGGGGACCCUUCGGGACAAGCUUGUCCAUCAGUAUGUGCUGCAACCCUAUGGUCAGGAAGGACUUCAGUCAAGGUCUGUACAGCUUAAUGGACAGCUCCUCACUAUGUUGGAUGAUGGAACCCUGCCAAACCUGAAGCCUCGUCCCCUUCGUCCUGGAAGAACCCUUGUUAUUCCACCGCUCACUAUGAGCUUCUAUGUGGUGAAGAACGUUAAUGCCCUGGCAUGCCGGUAUCGGUAGCUCUUCCAAACCCCACUGCCAAGGGCAGACCUUGAGACCCUCUCGGG